UGUUUUUUUUUUUUAUUUCAUAGAGAACCCAGAACCGCUAUGUGUGAACAGCAGGAAGGAAACAGAGCGCUUUAACACAGCCGGAGGGACCCAGUAGGUUAUUAACUCCGUGUCGGAGAUGAAAUUCAGAUAACUACGGUUUAAACUGAGCCUUGGCUGAGUGUCUGUAGGGAGAAAUGGAGCAGAAGCUAUUGUUGUCCUCACAGCUCAGCGUCCACAACACGCUCUGUGAGGUGACUUUAAACAGCGCCGCUCUGUCAUGGAGACCGCGGGGGGACAACACACACAAACGGGCCGCUGGACGCAGAUACGGUCCUCUGAAUGCUGCAGGCAGCCAGUACGUGCCGGUGUGUGAGAUCAUAUCCGUCCAGGAGACAGAGGAAGAUUGUGCGAGCACAGGUGUAGGAAAAUGGCAGAAAGUUCCACAAACUCCAGUUGAAUCUAACCAGCACGCUUUCACAGUGUCCUAUGUGGAGAGAACUCAGAAACACCGCUGGCGGUGCGGUGAAGUCACCCUCCAUUGCACUGAUAGAACACUGUGUCUGCAAUGGGUCCAAGCCAUCAGGGAGCAACUCUCACUAUUGACUAUCCGACCGAAGCGCUUGCUGGUCUACAUAAAUCCCUAUGGAGGAAAACACCACGGGAAAAGGAUUUAUGAGCAGAAAGUAGCCCCAAUUUUUUCCCGUGCCUCUAUUUCCACCGACGUGAUUGUUACAGAGUGGGCGAAUCAUGCCAGGGAUCACUUAAAAACGGAGGCUGAGUUAAAGAAAUACGACGGGGUGGUUUGUGUUGGAGGAGACGGCAUGUUCAGUGAGAUCAUACACGGCCUAAUCUCCCGGACGCAGAGCGACUCUGGAGUAGACCAGAACCUUUCAGAUGAGACUCUGAUACCUUGCAGCCUUCGUAUUGGGAUCAUUCCUGCAGGUUCUACUGACUGCAUAUGCUAUGCAACGGUCGGCUCCAAUGACCCCGUGACCUCAGCUCUGCAUAUUGUCGUGGGAGAUUCCCAGCCAAUGGAUGUCUGCUCCAUCCACCAUAACAAUACCUUUCUCCGCUAUUCUGUCUCGCUGCUUGGUUACGGUUUCUAUGGUGAUGUACUGACUGACAGCGAGAGGAAGCGUUGGAUGGGCCCAGCUCGCUAUGACAUCUCAGGUGUUAAAACGUUUAUGUCACAUCGCUACUAUGAAGGGACAAUCACUUUCCUUCCUGCUGAUGAGAACGUAGGAACUCCGAGAGACAAGCUGCCGUGCCGAACUGGGUGUAAUAUCUGCAGUCUGCCUUCAGCUGACAAGCAGGGUUCCAAAGAUGAGGAAAGCGUCUCAGAUACCGAUACAAAAGGAGUGUGGCAGGUCAUCAGGGGAAAGUUUUUGGCCAUCAAUGCUGCAUGUAUGAGCUGUGCUUGUCCUCGCAGCCCUAAAGGCCUGUCUCCUUCUGCUCACCUGGCCGACGGCACAGUUGACCUCAUCCUGGUGCGCAGGUGCUCACGAUUUGACUUCCUGCGCCAUCUGCUACGUCACACCAACAAAGAUGACCAGUUUGACUACCCGUUUGUCGAGGUGUACCGUGUGCGCCAGUUCCACUUCACACCCAGGUACGAGGAGACCAACUCUGAGCUGGAUCUGCGGGAGGCUGACGGCUCAGGUCGUAAACGCUUCUUCAGCCGGAUAUGCAGAGAACAUCCGGCAUGCAACUGCAGCCUGGUGCACAGCAGCUGGAACUGUGAUGGAGAAAUCCUGCCUCAUGCUGCCAUUCAAGUCAGAGUGCACUGCCAGUUGAUCAAGCUGUUUGCGAGAGGAAUUGAAGAGCACUCUGUCUUUGAGGAACCUUACCCGCUCAGUGCAAUAUAGAGCUGCCUGUCACUGGAACAGAAAAAAAAAUGAUGACUUGAUGGUCCCCAAUCCUUUGGGUCACUUUUGGGUUAACAGGAUGCUGUUACAAGUUUCCUUACACAUCCGUUUAUAGAGUUUGUUGAAAGUGCCGUCAUUAGUUCACUGGAAUUCACCAUGGUUGAGUAGAUAGUAUAAGUGUCUAUAAAUAGACCACUGAAAUCACAAUGGCAAAAGCUCAGAUGGGUUAAACCUUUAUCCCCAAAGUGUUGUUUUUUUGUUUUUUUUUUUUUUAAAAAAAACAAAUUCCUCCUUUUAGAGAGACUAUUUUGCUAAAUAUUUCUUUUACUCCACCCAACAUAUUUGAAGUUUAGUUGUUAAGCAUGAGCCUUGUCUGUCUUCCUCUACUGUCAAGCUGGUCUUGAUGUUUUGGGCAGCAGUAGACCAAAGUUCGAGCAUAAUGUGCAAAUUCUUUCUUUACUGGAAGUGAACUACCCAAGACUAUUAUGUUAUUCAACAUAAUAUAUUUAGUUACUUUACCUAUUUUCUGGAAAUGAUUAAUAUUUAAGUAUUGUAACGUUUAGCUGUUAACUCCAGCAGUUAAAAUGUGUAAUAUGUAAGUGUUUUGUAGCAGUCUAGCACUGUGUAGCUGAUAGCAAUCAGUCCGUUAGUGAUGUAAUAGUCUGGACAUAAUACUGAGGACAAUUGCUUUUUAGGAACUGAAAUCCUUCGCCAAAAAUAAUCAUUAUAUAUUUAACCUGCCGUGUCCCAUUAGUGUGAUCAGUUUUGUUGCUGGAUCCUCAGUUGAAAGUAUUGUGAUCGCUUGACUAAAUGAAGUUGAUAACCUGCUGUAGUUUUGUCAGUAACCUAAUUCUUCUGGGUUUCAACCUGUUUAUGAUCUCUACCCUUUACUGCUUACAGUAUGUGCUUUUUUUUUGCUUAUAUUUCUUGUUUCUCUUUGUCUUACUUCUGUAAAAUAGCCGUAGGGCUUCCUGUUUUGUUGUCUUCUGCUGAAUGUUUAAUAUACUCCAAGGCUGUGUUCUUCCACCAUCAGGGGACUUUGAAAUAGCCUCUUUGCAGUAGUGCAUCUGCUCUCUGUGAAUGUUUGAGAAGCUUGAGGUGGUGCUGUGCUUGAGUUCAGAGGCGGUUUCCUUAUACCGAAGAUCUGGCAAAUAAUUCAUUUUACUCCACAAGUUGUAUAAUUCAAGUAAAGAUCAGUUGCUGUAGUGUGUGAUGACACUAGCAGGCAAUGCCAGGCCAUGAACUGUCCUCAGUGAGUGUGGGUGUGUGUACAAAACAGCAGCCAUCUGACAGCUGCUGUGUUUGGCAGCCCGGUUCACGGCCAAUCAAACACUUACAUGCCCAUAUGCUUCAACCACUGUGUCAACAAACCUCCUAUUCGAGCAUGCAGACAGCCCUGAGAUCAAACUUCAUCAGCACCAGAAACAUAAUUCAAAAUCCUCUUUGGCCCCCUCGUAAAUAUCACUGCCAUCUUCUCUCGCCCUGGCUUUCAAUACCGCGACUGUUGCUAAUUUAUGGUCCAGUGCUGGCAGUUGUGACGAGCCCAUUUGCCGUACAUUACAGCAUCAUCAACAUCCACGACCCACACAAGCAUAGCCCCUGCAACCUCAGUAGUGGUCACUGUGAGCAAAGCAACCCUUUCCGUAGAUAUGCUGCCUAGAUAAUAAAGUCUCAGUCAUGACUGAAAAGCGUGAUGUUCAUCUCGCAGGCUUCGAGAUAACACAUGGAAUGAUGUAUGACCUGAAAUGUACAAGAUAAUGUGUGUUACAAAAAAAACCUUAAUAAAGUUCUUCAAAAUA